UGGAGUCGGGCUUAAAGUAGAUCUCUACUACACACACUCCUACUGCUGUCGGUUGUUCGCUCCGUCGAUGCGCUGUCCAUAUGAUGUUGAAUCAGCGGGAAUGCGCAGAACCAAGCAGAUCGUCACACAGCUCUUCUGGUCCAAAAUGGCGCUAUGUUUACGUCUCUGUAUAAUCGUGUAUCAAGUCUCAUGGAGAGCUUUGGUGAUUUAAUACACCGGGAAAGAUAAUUGGACCUAACAUUCAGCUACAGCAGUGAUCUACGAGAACCCGGACAUUCGGUAAUGACAAUUUAAGCAGAUCUGUGGCUAUAAAGUUCACCAGCAGCAGCAGGAAGUGGAAGGAUGCAGGCUGAGGCCACGGACUCCUCACUGAGAGAGGGCAUAGAGGCUCUGGGUGUGAAGGACACAGAAAGACCUGCAGCAGACAAACAGGACCAGGGCAGCACAGAGCAACAGGACACAGAGAUGACAGCUGCCACAGAUGAGGAUACAACAACCAAGGAUAUAAAGGAUGGAGACACGUAUGCAGUGGAAGAAGAAGCACACAAGGAUGAACCUCAGGCUGACACGGGGGUGGAUGGUGAAGAGGGACAGCAGGCUGCUGGAGUGGAUGGUGAAUGGGAGAUUGCGUACAGUGACGAGGAAAUGGAGGAGCCCAAAAACUGGAUGCCCCCUCCUGCUGAGAUCAAAAGACUCUAUGAGCUCCUCUCUAAAGGGGAGAUGCUGGAAUUGAACUUUGUGCCUCUUCCUAGGAGGCCCCCUACACCUGAACGCACCCCGUCACCUGAAAGAGAUGACGAGGAAGAGGCAGCAAAGGAAAGAGAGAGGGACGAGAGAGAACGCAGGCCUCCAACUCCAACUGAGUUUGACUUUAAUGAAGAGCAAACACAAGCCACUCCGAAAAAUGCCUUCGUGAACAGACGCAGAACACCAGGAUCUUCAGCCCGCUCUUCUGUGAAAAGGGAAGCGCGGCUGGACAAAGUACUGUCAGACAUGAAGCGCCACCGCAAAAUUGAGGAGCACAUCAUGCGCACGGGUCGAGAUCUUUUCAAGAGCGAAAAGAAGCUGGAGGAGGCUCUGUCUCCAAACAGCCAGAAGGAGCGGGAGAAGGAGAGGGAACGAGACAGCAACCCCAACACCAUCUUUUCCCCGAGACAGAGGAGAUACUAAGUAUUAGGAAUUAAGACUUGACCACAGGCAAAUAAAGCCAAGAGCUUUCUGAUGAUUUCUCAAAACUUGAAAUUUUUUAAUGUUACCGAGUUUUGUAUGUUUUCUAUGUGUGUUUUGUAUCUUGGCAAUAAACAUUUUAACCAUGGGAAAUGUUAACUGUUGUAAUGAGUGUGCAGUAAGGGUAGACGAUAUGGACAAAAAUAUGGCAUAUGAUCAUGAAUGCAGUAUAUAGUGUGAUAUUAUAGAAUUGCAUGGAUUCUGGCACCCUCUUGAGGCUCACUUUUACCCUAUGCUCUAUUUUAUAGUCUAUACCGAUAUUUGAGCAAUGAUGUCCAGAUUUCAAAAAUGGCAUUUGAUAAAUUAUUAUGCAACAUUGACAAAGCGUAGGGGAAAAACAGAGUCGAGGCAGGCUCAGGACAGAGAAGUUUAUUUUAGCUAAGUUGGAGUAACAAUACAGCCUUUACAUAAGGCUCAGAAGCAUAUAGUAUAUGUAUGCAUAAAUAUGCAUUCAAAACCACAAACCAAAUAAAUAAAUAAAUACAAAUAAAUAACAAGCAUUUUGUGGAAUAUACAGUACAUCAGUUGAAAUGUUUUAGUAUUGUCAAGAAGCAGUACCUUGAGUUCAUGAAACGGGGGAAUGGAUGUUCUGUGUUCAACAUGCCCACAGUUGUCCAGAUGUUUUGGCACACGUUGCCCUGUCUUGAUGGUUUUGGAGCGCUCUGUUUUUUUCCCUUUACCCAUUUCUAGGACAGUGAAGGCGCUUCAAACAAACAUAAAAUGAUAAAAACUAGCCAGUUUGUUCAUAGGAGGUUCAUAGAACCAGUGGCUCAAAUAAACGGCUAAUUGAUUGAAGCAAUUUAUACAAUGUGAAAAGGUUUAAAACAAUUCAUAGACGUAUUGG